UCAUCUUCACUCAGGUCGGAAACCAUAUUUUUAAAGGUGUAUCUGCCUAGAUGAAUUGUUUGUACUUAAUUUAAUUUAUUUUAUGAGUAUGAAUAGCUGUCUAGCUUAUAAGUUACUGUUGUUUUUUUAGCACGUGGCUGUUUUUGAUCACUUUGGUUUAGCCAACCGCUUAACCACAUUUUGCAAGGCCAGGGAGUCGUAUGAUGAAAAGACCGAGAUGCAGAUUAUUAUAAAUGCAUGCCCUUAAGCAAUAUGUUAAUUUAAUUAUAGUCUUUGGUGUAUCGUAUAAUAAGAAACAGCAUUCAAAAUAUUUACACUUCAAAACGUUUGCGGAGGCGAUUUUCCUUGUGUGCGGUGCUUAGUGAGGUUCUCAAUAUUGGGUCACGAUGGGGAAGAAGAGAGCGAAGGAAAAAAGCGUUAAACAGGAUGAUUCAUUUGACAUGCCAGGUCCUUCCUGCACCCACAUCCGUAAGGGUAUUGAUCAGAGCCUGCUGAGAAAGAUUGCGCAGGAUGUUAAUUGGUUCAGCUGUCUGGAGUGUAAGGAGGAGAGUGUACCAUCCCCAUCAGAGGAAGAGGAGUUGAAUGGGGAGACCCCAGCGAUCUGGGUCUGCCUGAAGUGUGGCCACCGGGGCUGUGGAAGAAACUCUGAGAAUCAGCAUGCCAUCAAACACUAUGAGAAGCCCCGGUCAGACCCACAUUGCCUGGUGCUGAGUAUGGAUAACUGGAGUGUGUGGUGUUACAUCUGUGAUGAUGAUGUUCAGUAUUCCAGCACUGGGCAGUUGGCCCAGCUGGUAAACAACAUCAAAAAACAAGCUCUGUCUGGGUCCACAAAGAGAACACCACAGAGAAAGGUGAAAGAGGAAGAAAGCCAGGUCAAUGCUGUUGAGGAAAAACUGCCUGAGAAGGAAGCUAUAUCCAUUCAGAAGAAGGACCCUAAGAGAGACACCGGUGACUCAAAAGGCCAGAAGCUGCCAGCAGUGGGAAGCGGCUCCACUGUGUCUGUCAAAGGACUCAGCAACCUUGGGAACACAUGCUUCUUCAAUGCAGUCAUACAGAACCUGUCCCAGACGCAGCUCUUAAGGCAGAUUCUUAAGGAAAUAACAGAUGACAAGACCACACUUACUAUAACCCCUCUAUCCACAGAGCUGGAGCCCAUUCAGGUCCCAUUGGAGAGACCUGGUGCUCUCACCCUGGCCAUGUGUCAGCUGUUGAAUGAGAUCCAGGAGACAAAAAAGGGUGUGGUCACCCCCAGGGAGCUGUUCACACAAGUGUGCAAGAAGGCUGCCAGGUUCAAGGGAUUCCAGCAGCAGGACAGCCAGGAGCUUUUGCGUUAUCUUCUGGAUGGGAUGAGAGCUGAGGAGAUGAAGAGAGUAAGUUUGGGGAUUGUGGAAGCAGUGAAAAAGUCUGGAAAAAAUACAGAUGCUGAAGAAUCAAAGAAUUUAAUUAAAGAGUAUGAGAAAAAUGGAGCACCCAAGAACUUUGUUGACCAGGUUUUUGGUGGAGAACUGACCAGCACUGUCAUGUGUAAACAGUGCAGAACAGUUUCCUCAGUGACUGAGAUGUUUCUGGACCUUUCUCUGCCUGUCUCAGAUGAGGCAUACAGGAAGAAGAAUCAGAAGAAAGUCCAGAAGAGCACUGAUGCCAAGGACAGUGACCGGGACAGCCCUGUUCCAUUAACCAAUGGCACUGAGGACAUCCCCUCUGGUGCAGGGAGCAAAUACCAGCAGAAGAAGGCCAAGAAGCAGGCAAAGAAACAGGCAAAGAACCAAAGGCGGCAGCAGAAGCUGGGGAGCAAAGUCACGUGGGACACCAUAGCCAAUCAGGAUUCAGCAGAGCUUGUAGAGGGAGAUGAGACAGCCGCUCAAGGGGAGAAGGGCGAAUCGCAAGCAGCGGUGGAGGAUUUCGCGAGUGCAGGCAAACCAACUGGAGCAGAGCAUACACAGGAGGGCAGUCAGGUGCCUGACGGAGACCAGCAGGGCAAGGAGAAAGCACCUGAGGAGGAGGAGGAGGAGGAUGAGACAGCAGAAUGCGAAGAUGACGUGUCUGUACUUAACAACCGUUUCACAGCCCUGGCUGUGGACCAAAACACUGAGGACGGGGAAGAAAAAAUCAACAAAGAAAACCGGGCAGAGGAAGAGGACACAGUUGCUACAGAGGAAGAUGAGGUCACCGAAGAUAUGACCCGGCUCUCCCUGAAUAACGUCUUCGUCGCCCCAGAGGACAUUCAGCUGGACGUGGAGAACGAGGAGGCGCCCGUCGACACCAGGGAGUACACGGUGGUGAACCAGGACCCAGAGCUGGCCUUCCACACGCUGGCCACCAGGGUGGCUCCAGAGAAGCAGGAGUGUUCAGUGCAGUCGUGUCUGUUCCAGUUCACCGAGGUGGAGAAUCUCACGAAGAACAACAGUCUGCUGUGCGUCACGUGCUCGCGACGCCAGUCACGCAGCAAGGCGUCCGAGGGUGCCAAAGAGAAGGUGUACACUGAUGCCCUGAAGCAGAUGCUGAUCUCUUCUCUUCCCCCAGUACUUACUCUUCAUCUGAAACGAUUCCAGCAGGUGUCCUACAGUGUGUGCAAGGUCAACCGUCAUGUCCAGUUCCCUCAAAUUCUGGACCUGGCACCUUUUUGUUCGGUCAACUGCAAGAAUGUGCAAGAGGGACAGACACAGAUGCUGUACAGCCUCUACGGGAUUGUUGAACACAGCGGCACAAUGAGGUCGGGACACUACACCGCCUAUGUAAAAGCAAGACCCACUCUGCCCUCACAUCUCAAUGGGCCGACGACACAAGGGGGUGAUGCCGAGGCGCUUAAGGGAUCAUGGUACCACAUCAGUGAUACCAGCGUGCAGCCCGUUCCAGAGACCAAAGUGCAGAACUCGCAAGCCUACCUCCUGUUCUACGAGAGGAUCUCCUAGUUUCAUCCGCCAUGCACAGAGCCCAGGGACAAACCUCCGGUUGCUUCACACAUCAGAAAAGAACCGCUGUGCACCUCCGGGGACGGCCUGCAGAGUGUGUAUGUACGACUGCUCGAAAUUCAGUGCAUCCAGUGAUGCAGUGAUUCCUUAAGAAUUAAUUUCAGUAACAGUAAUGCUGGUGCAGGAAAGGGCAGAUUCAUUCAAGUCAUUACUCUAUCAUGUAAACGCUGAUAGGAAAGGGUGAGAAACGGUUUGCAUAUUAUAUUACACUGAAUAAUGGGAUGCCAGUUGAAUUCAGGACUUUGCACAUCCUGCAUUUGAGGGAAGAAUACAUGUUCUACCAAGUAUUGUGAAAAUAUACAGCAAUAUUUAAUUCCGUAGAUAUCUGGGCAUAUUAAGAGAUCUAAUGGAUCUGCUGCUAAAAAUUGCUGUUACGUCUUAAGAGCACGAUAAUAGAAGGCAGCCAAUUUAUUUGCCAUGUACAUGAGUGUGCAAAAACCACAGAACUUGAAAUGGAUGAAACUGAUAUCUUUUUAUAGUGUCUAAUUUUGUGAUUAAAACAGUAAUUCAUUUGUAUGAAGUAUUUAUUUCUGUAACUUUUUAUGAUGC